UCGCUCGCUCGCGAGAGGAAAAAGUCGUAGUAUAGUAAUGCCGCGAAGAGCAUAGGUGGAAGGGAGAGGAGUCAAGGCAGAACGACUGGUUGCGGCUGGUUUACGUCCGGGUCUGGCUAGUUGCGAGAUCGCGAGGAGGUUAAGUGUGACUCCGGCGUUUGGCAAAUCGGGCGGGGUUCGCAAGUACCUAGCUAUCUUCGCCGUUGAGCCGCGAUAAUGGUGAGCACAACGUCUACGUCGACCUGCAUCGACGAGCUCGUCCAGAGCGUCAGCUUGCAUAAUCCACGCAAGCUGCUCUUCAAUGGUUAUGUCCUGCCGUUCGUCUUUACGGAGCUCGUCUGGAUCUACGGCUGGAUAUUUAUCUACGGGCUUGACGAUUAUUACGAGCCAGGGCUCGUGGGCAUCGCCAUCAUCGGCGUUCUCCAGAUAUUUGUCUGCUUGUGCUGCCAGUGGUCCGUGCACGUGCACGCCUUCCUCAACUGCAGCUGGACCAGUGAUCCAUACAGGGCAUCGAUAGCUAAGGUAGUCCCAAUGCCGAAUAAUGGUAGCACCGAGCUGGUUAAAUUGCACGCGUCAAAUGAUACAGAGCCUUGGUUUAUCUUUCAAAAAACAAAGUACGUUUGGGACGUUUCGAAGAAAGAGUUUCGAGGACUUCAGUUUCCGAUUAGCCAUUCCGUUAAGCAUUACAGUCAGUGGAAAGGUUACGUGGAUGAGAAGGAAGUGAAACAAGCCGAGCAGAAAUAUGGUCAGAACAAUCUUGAAAUGGUGGUGCCGGAAUUCUGGGAGCUUUUUAAAGAACGAGCUAUCGCGCCUUUCUUUGUAUUCCAAGUCUUUUGUAUGGCUCUGUGGUGCUUAGAUAAGUACUGGUAUUAUAGUUUUUUUACACUUUUUAUGCUUGUCAUGUUUGAAUGUACAUUGGUUCAACAGCAAUUGAGAAAUAUGGCAGAAAUAAGACAGAUGGGUAACAGAUCUUACAUGAUAAUGGUUUAUAGAAAUAGACGAUGGAGAUUAAUUUUUACGGACCAACUUGUACCCGGUGAUAUUGUUUCAAUAACGAGAUCUCAAAAUGAUAAUCUUGUACCUUGCGAUAUGCUCCUUCUGCGAGGACCGUGCAUCGUUGACGAGAGCAUGUUAACAGGUGAAUCUGUGCCGCAGAUGAAAGAGCCGAUCGAAGAUAUCGAUGAAAAUAGAAUAAUAAAUAUCGAGGGAGACGAUAAGCUGCACGUACUGUAUGGUGGCACAAAAGUUGUUCAACACACGUCUCCGACUAAAAAUUCUACAGACCUACGAGCCACAGACAAUGGUUGCGUAGCAUACGUAUUGAGAACGGGCUUCUCAACUUUUCAGGGGAAACUUUUAAGAACUAUAUUGUUUGGUGUAAAGCGAGUUACAGCAAAUAAUUUGGAAACCUUUGGAUUCAUUUUAUUCCUUCUGAUAUUUGCGAUCGCUGCAUCAGCAUACGUCUGGAUCAAAGGAAGCGAGGAUCCAGAGAGAAAUAAAUACAAAUUAUUCCUGGAGUGUACAUUAAUUUUAACAUCCGUAGUACCACCGGAGCUGCCUAUAGAAUUAUCCCUAGCAGUGAAUACUUCAUUUUUAGCAUUAUAUAAAUUGGGUGUUUAUUGCACAGAACCAUUUCGCAUUCCCUUUGCAGGAAAAGUUGAGAUUUGCUGUUUCGAUAAGACGGGCACUUUAACUAGCGAUAAUUUAAUUGUGGAGGGAAUAGCGGGCGUUAAUGGUAAAACAGAAAUAGUUCAAUUGUCAAAUGCGCCCAUAGAAAGUGUUCAAGUAUUAGCGACUUGCCACUCAUUGGUUCAAUUAGAUAACAGUAUUGUAGGGGAUCCAUUAGAAAAAGCUACGUUAAAAGCAAUUAAUUGGAAUCUCACCAAAGGUGAAGCAGUUAUUCCGAUAAAAGGCAAAUCACCUGGACUUAAAAUUUUUCAAAGACAUCAUUUCUCAUCAUCACUGAAAAGAAUGAGCGUUGUUGCAGGGUAUACAUCUGGUGGAUCAUUGGAAUCUAAAUUUAUCAUCACCGCCAAAGGUGCUCCAGAAACACUAAAAAGCAUGUUUUCGUCGGUGCCGCCUAACUAUGACUCGACCUAUUUAACCUUGUCCCGACGUGGUGCAAGAGUUCUUGCAUUGGGAUAUCGUAAGCUGCCGAACUCGACAACACUGAAUGACUUGAGGAAUUACUCUCGGCAUGAUUUGGAAACUAAUCUGUCGUUUGUUGGUUUUGUCAUUAUAAGCUGCCCAUUGAAAUCGGACUCAAAAAGCGUGAUUAAAGAAAUUUUGAAUGCGUCGCACACCGUGGUAAUGAUUACCGGGGAUAAUCCGCUUACGGCCUGUCACGUUGCGCGUGAAUUGCAUUUUACGGAAAAAUCCAUUACUCUAAUAUUAACAAAUGAAAAAGAUACUUGGAAUUGGCAAAAUAUCGACGGGCAAAUAAAACUUUCGUUACAGGAUAAUGGAAAACAAGACAAGAUUUGGGAACAAUACGCCCUGUGCAUUACUGGAGAGGGCUUAAAUUAUCUGAGAGAUCAUAAAAAAGAUUAUUUAUACAAUAUAUUACCACACGUUGUUGUUUUUGCACGUUGUGCUCCAAAACAAAAGGAAUAUAUUAUUACUGGUUUGCAAGAAUUGGGAUAUUCGACUCUUAUGUGCGGCGAUGGGACAAAUGACGUUGGUGCACUUAAGCACGCACAAGUUGGCGUGGCGAUUUUGUCAAGCCCCCCGAAGCGCGAAAACAUUCCAAAAUCCGUGUCGACCUCUAAUGAUAAUAUGCCUUCAUCAGCCGCUAAUGGUCAGAGAAUGCAUCCACGACAGCAACAAGUAAGUAAUGCCAAGAGCAAAUUAGAUAAAUUAAUGAAGGACAUGGAAAAGCAACAGCAGUCAGUUAUCGUAAAGCUUGGAGAUGCAUCGAUCGCUGCGCCUUUUACCAGCAAAUAUUCAUCAAUACAAUGCAUUUGUCAUGUUAUUAAGCAAGGCCGAUGCACGCUAGUAACAACUUUACAAAUGUUUAAAAUAUUAGCUUUGAAUGCUUUAAUAUUGGCGUACAGUCAGUCAGUACUUUAUUUAGAUGGAAUAAGAUUAAGUGACGCGCAAGCGACAUUACAAGGCAUUUUACUCGCAACAUGUUUUUUAUUCAUCUCGCGUUCCAAACCUUUAAAGACUUUAUCCAAACAGCGACCAUUACCAAAUAUUUUCAAUGUGUAUACAAUACUAACGGUCUUACUUCAAUUUCUGGUUCACUUUUGCUGUUUAAUCUAUCUUGUCCGAGAAGCGGUUAUACGAUCACCAAAAGAUGAGAAAUUAUCUGCAAUUUUAUCCGUAAAGUCAAAUGCUACCGAAAUUUCUAAUUCGGAAGAUAGCGACGAGGAGCACUUUGAAAUGAAUUUAAUCAACAGUACCGUUUAUAUAGUAUCUAUGACUCUCCAGGUAUCGACAUUUGUAGUUAACUAUAGGGGUCAACCAUUUAUGGAAGGCUUAUUAGAGAAUAAGUUACUUUUAUAUAGUCUUCUGAGCAGUACGGCAGCUAUUUUUGCACUUGCUCUUGGAGUAAUACCAGAUAUUGCCUUGCAGUUUGAAAUUGUGGAUUUUCCAGUCGAUUUUCGAAGGAUCCUAGUCCAAGUACUCAUUGCCAACUUUGUUCUGGCCUUUUUCGUCGAUAGAACUUGCCGAUGGUUAUUUGGCGAAGGGAAAUUUCGGAAACUGUGAUUGAUCUAUCAUUAAUGUGUUUAAUGACAAAACAGUGUUUUAUAAUGCUACAUAAGUGCAAAUAUGUUUAUUGACUGUUUUUUUGAAUAGGUAGUUACCAAAUGGUGUCGUAACACCGGUCUAAUAAAGUACUGAAAUGUACCGAUAUAUUGUUGAAAAAGGAAGUCUCGAAAGUUAAAAUAAUAGUGAUAAAA